CCUUAAUCAGGUCCCAUCGUAUCCACUCUUCUUUCCCUCUCAUGAAAAGAGUCGUUAGCAGUUAUUCAGCUCUCAAACCUCCAGACCAAGAACAGAUAAGAGUUACAAAAAUCAAAUUAAGAUAAAUAAAAAUGGCGGUUUCUACUCUAAUCCUUACAACUCCAAAGCCCCUAGCCCAAAUUCAACCCCCUAAUCCUCCUCCUGCAACCUCACUCUCCUCCUCCAAACCCACUUCCACUUGUUCUUGGUCAUCUUCUUCAUUCUCAGCAACUGCAAACAAUGCAAACAAAUCUUCCUGGAAAUUUUCAAAUAUUUUGAGCAAGAAGUCCGUAAUGGAUGUGGGUAUGGGGCUGUUAGCAUCUUCAAUUAUGGCAUUGUCUCCUUUGGAAGCUGACGCCACGAGAAUUGAGUACUACGCCACCGUGGGGGAGCCUCUCUGUGACUUGAACUUUGUUCGUUCUGGGCUUGGUUUCUGUGAUGUUUCAGUUGGCCCCGGCGUCGAAGCUCCUCGCGGUGAGCUCAUCAAUAUUCACUACACCGCAAGAUUCGCUGAUGGGACAGUCUUUGACAGUAGCUACAAACGAGGCAGACCUCUAACUUUGCGUAUUGGUGGAGGAAGAGUUAUUAGGGGACUGGAUCAAGGUAUUUUAGGGGGUGAGGGUGUGCCUCCAAUGCAAAUAGGGGGAAAGCGGAAGCUUAAAAUUCCUUCACAUUUAGCAUAUGGGCCAGAACCUGCAGGAUGCUUCUCAGGUGACUGCAAUAUACCUGGAAAUGCUACUCUUGUCUACGAUAUUAAUUUUGUUGGUAUCUACUCGGGAAAUAGAGCAUUGCCGGGCAAAUAGAUAGAACACGCCAUUAGAUCCUUGCAUCUCCCGACUUCCUGAUACUAAGCUUCCAUUGUUAAAUACAAGCCGAGGCAGGAAUUCAGAGUCAUACAUAUAAUGGUGCGCCUUCUUUUUCUACGCUUGGCUUGCUAAAUGGAGAUGUAUCGAUCCCAUCCGCGUUGGUAUCGCCCCACCUAUUUCAUUCUGCAUUCUACCUUACAUUUUAUGUAUAUAGGUUUACCUUUGUGGAACAUGGGACGAUUCGUAUUAAUGAACAUACUUAUCUUAUGUGAUCGAAACACUUGGAAAUAAUGGCUUGUACCUAAUUUGCGUAUAACUACAAAAGUAAGUUUUAUAAAAGAUGUUCAGCCAAA